AUGUCUGAAAACAAAAACUCACCUCAACUCCUCCUUUUGUACACUCUCUUCGCAGCUACCAUCUACCUACCACGCCUAACCACACAUCUGAACACGCCGGUUACUGCCUCUUUGGUUUCUCACCUCAUCAUCUCUGUGGUAUUUUGGAGCACACUGACUUUCAUAAUGAUUGAUGUUCUCCACGACAUAUCCAAAGUCUUGGGGUGGAUAUCACGACCGGGUUUUGACUUCGACCUUUCCGAUCACAUACGUGCUCAGUGGCAACUUCCCGGAUCAGAAGGAAACGGAUUCUGGAUCAAGUUGGGUAUCAGCGCAAUUAUGGGUGUCUGGUCUACAUUCAACAUAUUCUUCAGUACCGCAAAACCACAAGCCACAGACUGGGAAGCAGCAAAACGCAACAUCGCAGCAAGAAGAGAAGCACAGAAAGUCGCUGCUGCAGAGCAAGGAGGCGUAUUAACAGCCGAGGAUACUGGAAUUGAACCUGCGUGGAUAACUGUGUGGUUAUGGGUUGGUUGUGCUUAUGCAUACGCCAAUGCCAUAUUCGAUUCGAGAGAAUGGUUUUUGAGUAUGCUGAAAGGCGGUGUAAAGAUCGAAAGAACUAUAGAAUGGCAAAUGGCGCGAAACAAAAAUGGCCCACCACAAUUACUCCUCUUCUACAACAUGGUCGCAGCCCUCCACUUCGGGCCAAGACUAUACACCUACCUACAACUCCGACCUUCCACCUCCUUAAUCCUACACACAACCACAAUAGCCUUUUUGAUCAGCGCAAUUGCUUUUAUAGCCAUUGACGCGUCCCUGGGCAUUUCCCGCGUAACCUACAAAUUACUCGGAUUCCUGUUGCGAUACUUCCUAGACUAUCAUGUCGACACUUCCAUCGCUGAACAUUGGAAACUGUCUGAUUUGACAGAAUGGUUGCUUGGAGUUGUGAUAGGUAUCGGCGCGAUUGUCUGCAUGAUUAAAAUCAAAGCAGGUGGUUGGGAAAACGCAAAACGCAAUGUUGCAAGGACCCACAAAGCCCAGACGAAACCUUCAGCAGCAAAAGACUUGGGUACUGCAGAAAGAGGAGGUGUGCCCAAGCAAGAUGAUCACGAACCUUGGUUUCUGUGGGGUUGUUGGGCUUAUAUGUACUCCAGUGCUGUGUUCGAGUCCAAGGAUUGGUUUAAAUCGGUGAUUCGUGGUCAGGAUGUGUCACAGCCCAGAGGAAGGGAAACCGAGUGGGUGUCUCUGUUUGGACCGAUGGUGAUUGCAGUGGCGGUAGGUCUUGCCAGACGGAGAUUGAUUGCGAAGACUAGAAGGGUACAAGUGGAGGAGAAGGAAAACGUUGGUGAAGAAGGAGCGACUGUCACAGAGAAGCAGUAG